UGUGGAAAGAGUUUUUUGUUUUGUCUUAAUCCACAGCUUUAACGAACUGUAGUGUGCAGACAAAGACCACCACUCAUGAGUGUUGCAGAUACCUUUUUCGUUGUUGGUAUCUAUGCCUCCACAAUGAUUACUCACAAAAAAUCUUUUCUUGUAAUAGUAGAGUGAUAUAGUAGUUGUUUCAUACACGAGUAUGUGCAUACCUACCUAACCUAAGCUUAGGCCUCUUUACGCCACUUAAACUUGGGACUGGUUAAUUGGGUUUUCAUUUUCGUUUUCGGUAUACACUCGACAUCGACACAAUACCAAUUGCGCUCUCCAGAUGCACACCGACUUGUAAUCGAAUUGGAUAUCGGUAUCGGAUGGUUUUCUUGAGUAGGUAAAGUCGCGUCUCGUCGUCGUCGUUGUGGAGUGCAAUUUCAAAAAAGAGACCAACUUUUAAGAUCAUUCGUUAAAAGAAGGCGCAGACAAGCAGACCUUAAUGUUUUGGCUUAAAAUUCACAUAGAAUUUAAACGGACGAAGUUUGACUAACUCGCGUGCACUCGAGCCAAACCAGAGUGAUUGCAACAGAAGUUUCGGUGAGGAAGUUUGUACGUGCUAAGUGCGGCCAACGCCAUUAUUGUUGGGGCUUUCAAUCGAAUCGUACUAUCGGUUAUUGUGUUAUUUCUUCUUUUUACGAAAGAUAGAAAGUAUCUAUGUGCAAAUAUGUGAAAGAUAGUGAAAUUGAGGAAGUGAAUUGAAGAUACAAAAAAAGAAAAUUUAAAAUACAUAAAUAGAAAGAAUCGAAUCUUUUUUGAAGUUUAUUAAAAUUAAGAAAACAAAAUAAAUCAUGGUUCUUUCGCCAAUAUUGGGAGCGGCAGCUAAAUUUGCACCAGCAAUUGGUGGCGCUCUCUUUAAGGCAAGUGCUGCAUCAAAAGUUGCAGCAACUGCAGGAAUUGCUGCAGGUGCUUCGGGGCUUGGUGUAGCUGUGGCUGGAGCCAUUAAAACAGCAACGGUUAUUGGACUGGGCAAACUUACCAUUUUGCCAUUUUUAAUUGCUGCUCUAGCCUAUUUCAACUACGACCUCUUUGAUCCUGAAAAUCGUCCUUUCAAUGUGGAAAAUAUCGAUAGGGCUUAUGAUUUUAUUAUAAUUGGUGGAGGUUCGGCGGGGACGGUUUUGGCUUCGAGACUCUCGGAAAUACCACAUUGGAAAAUUUUACUGCUAGAAGCCGGUGGACAUGAGACAGAAAUAUCAGAUGUUCCGCUGCUGUCACUUUAUUUGCAUAAGAGCAAAAUGGAUUGGAAAUAUAGAACCCAACCUCAACCAACAGCUUGUCAGGCUAUGAAGGAUAAACGAUGUUGUUGGACUCGUGGCAAAGUGAUUGGUGGCAGCUCUGUACUCAAUACUAUGCUCUACAUUCGUGGUAAUCGUCGAGAUUUCGAUCAAUGGGCAUCAUUUGGCAACGAAGGCUGGGGAUAUGAAGACAUUUUGCCUUACUUUAGAAAAUCUCAAGACCAACGAAAUCCAUAUUUGGCAAAAAACACACGAUAUCAUGGAACAGGUGGUCUCUGGACAGUACAGGACAGUCCAUACAACACUCCAAUUGGGCCAGCUUUUCUUCAGGCUGGCGAAGAGAUGGGUUAUGAUAUUGUUGAUGUGAAUGGAGCUCAACAAACUGGUUUUGCUUUUUAUCAAUUUAACAUGCGACGAGGAUCAAGAGCCUCUACGGCCAAGUCAUUUCUUCGACCGGCCAGGUUGAGGAAGAAUCUCCACGUGGCUCUUUUUUCCCAUGUCACUAAGGUCCUCACCGAUCCACACACAAAACGUGCCACUGGAGUACAAUUCAUCCGAAAUGGUCAACUUCAACAUGUUUAUGCAACACGAGAGGUAAUUCUAUCUGGCGGUGCUAUUGGAACACCACACAUUAUGAUGCUCUCUGGGCUGGGAAAUGCAGACGAACUAAGUCGAGUUGGUAUACCAGUGGUGCAACAUCUGCCCGGUGUUGGUCAGAAUCUUCAAGACCACAUAGCUGUCGGAGGAUUAGCAUUUCUCAUUGAUCAACCGAUCUCCAUUGUUAUGAAAAGAAUGGUCAACGUCAAUACAGCCCUGCGCUAUGCCGUUACUGAAGACGGUCCUUUGACAUCAAGUGUGGGCCUAGAAGCUGUAGCUUUUGUGAACACCAAAUAUGCAAACUCUUCGGACGAUUGGCCUGACAUAAAUUUCAUGAUGACAAGCGCUUCUGUUAUGUCCGACGGAGGCACUCAGGUGAAAACAGCCCAUGGCCUCACAGACGAAUUCUAUGAAGAAGUAUUUGGAGAGGUCACAAAUAGGGACGUCUUUGGAAUCUUUCCCAUGCUGCUGCGGCCCAAGAGUAGGGGAUACAUGAAGUUGGCUUCGAAAAAUCCUCUUCGAUACCCACUUAUUUAUCACAACUACCUCACACAUCCCGAUGAUGUGAACGUUCUUCGGGAAGGUGUCAAAACGGCCAUUGCUGUGGGAGAAACACUGGCAAUGAAACGCUUCGGGGCACGUUUCUGGAGCAAGAAACUGCCCAACUGCAAGCAUCUACCUCAUUUUACUGACGAGUACUGGAACUGUGCCAUCCGUCAGUACACCAUGACAAUCUACCACAUGUCAGGCUCGGCCAAAAUGGGACUUCCAUCUGAUCCACUAGCAGUUGUAGACCCCGACCUGAGGGUUUACGGAGUCCCUGGCCUACGAGUCAUUGACGCUAGUAUAAUGCCGACCAUUACAAACGGUAACAUUCAUGCUCCCGUUGUUAUGAUCGCUGAAAAAGGAGCCGACUUAAUAAAGGAUCUUUGGCUCCAACCGACUGUGUACGGAAGAACGAAAAGGUCUAUAAAUGUCGGUGGUUAUGUUAAUGUUACAGACGAUAAUAUUGAGCAAUUCAUAUUGCCACCUAGAAGAUUCGGGACGUAGCGAAUCAAGUAGAAUAUAAUCUGAAAGCAUAUUUUGUGACCAUUGUUAUCGUUGGUAUUUAUGUUCAUUUUUUUCGUUUUAAGUUAAGAUGAUUACCUACCUACCUAAUACUAAAAAUGUAGAUAGUUAAAAUAUAAUUUGUUGUUAAAGUUUAAUUAUUGUGCGAUAUGAUAUUUUUUAGAAAUUAGAAUAUAAGUUGUUAUUAAUGUGUCUGUUAGGUUUUUUAUUUAUGAAUGGGCGAAUGUUCAAUUUGUUUUUUAAGUUUAAGCAAAUAAAGAAUAAAAAAUUGUAAAACAAACAAAGAUCAAACUACAUAAAUUAAUGUCUUUUUUUUACGUCGUCUAUAGGUUCUAAAAGUCGAACCCAAACAUUUAUUUUAUAGUUUAAAUAAGAUGUUAUUAGUAAAAUACCAUGAAAUUUAAAUUUUCUUGAUAUUAUAUUUUACCAAGCUAGUUUAUGUUUACCAUAGUGUAGACCUGGGGAUAUUCUUUGAAGAAAACGUACCUGAAAUACAAAGAAAAAAUAAGUUAUAAAAAUAUGAAAAAUUUGUAAUAA